AAUAUUUACGUAGAGAACGGACCUCCGGGAAGAAGGUUGACAGUGACUCAUUCUCAUUUGGUGCCAUUGAUAAAAAAUCCCUUGUUUGUUAGUGUUGAAUCAGUUAUCGUCACGUGAGAAAGGUUAGUAACACCGUGUAACAGAGGAGAUAUAGUAAGAGCACAUCAAGGAUGGAUUGGUUGUUUGGCCGUAAGAUGACUCCUGAGGAGAUGCUCAGGAAGAAUCAGCGAGCCUUAAACAAAGCCAUGCGUGAUUUGGACCGAGAAAGAGCAAAGAUGGAGCAGCAGGAGAAGAAGAUCAUUGCGGAUAUAAAAAAAUAUGCAAAGAUGGGGCAGAUGGAUGCAGUUAAAGUGAUGGCAAAAGAUUUGGUGCGGACACGUCGCUACACCAAGAAGUUCAUCAUGAUGAAAGCUCAGAUUCAAGCAGUUUCACUCAAGAUCACUUCCCUGAAGAGUCAGAAUGCUAUGGCAGGAGCUAUGAAGGGAGUUACCAAGGCCAUGAUGAGCAUGAACAAGCAACUGAAGCUUCCACAGAUCCAGCAGAUUAUGCAAGAAUUUGAAAAACAGACAGAGAUUAUGGACAUGAAGGAAGAGAUGAUGAAUGAUGUGAUAGAUGAUGCCAUGGGUGAUGAAGAUGAUGAAGAGGAAACAGAUGCUGUUGUAUCCCAAGUUCUGGAUGAACUAGGACUUCAAAUGACAGAAGGUCUGAGUGACCUCCCAUCAGCAGCCGGUACCAUUGGGAAUCCAACUCCUGCCAACAAGCAGUCUGUUGCAGUAGCAGAUGCAGCUGAUGAUGAUAUUCAGGCCAGACUGGACAACCUUAGGAGAGAGUAAUGCUUGAGCUCCAGACGAAUGAGAGAGAAAUUUAUUAUUUUUGCUAAGUCUUCACUGAAGCUAAAAAAAAGUAUGGUAAUUAGUCAGGCUAAUCCUAUGAAUUCUAGUGUUUGUUGUUAGUUUCUUAGGAAAUUUUAAGUUUAAGCCUUCAGUGAAUCCCAGUAAUUUGAACUUUAUUUUAGUGGUGUAAAGAAAGGAAUCCAAAAUUGCGAAUGAAAAAUAACCCAAAAGAUUUUAAGUGUCCAUAAAAUCUUGGGGUUAGACUUUAGGAAAGAAGGAAUUUGUUCAUUUUGUAAUAUGAUAAUGUCAUCUGUCACAAAUAUUUAACUUGUAACUAAUUUUAAGCAGCAGUAUUACCUAGGUAACUGUCUUCAUCUUUAAAUAUAAUAAAUUGGUAACUAUGAAUAAAGAGAACUUAUUAAAAUAAAUGAAUUGUGCAUUAUAUAAUACACUUGCAGCCUCAGUGUAAUAACUUUGAUGUAGGACCAGGAGUGCAGAAGUUUGAGAGUGACAGUACUGAUUUUCCAUAUUUAGAUGUUAGCUUGUUAUAGGAAGUAAAGUAUUUCCAAGGUGCCUCAUACUUAGGCAGCACUUUUAAGUAACAAAUCAUAAUUUUCAGCUAUAUAUAAAACUUAAAAUCUAGUUUUAAUAUAUGCACCUGUCUUUUUAUCCCCUUUUUUCUAAUAUAUAAAGUAUCAGAGCAUCUAGAUACUGACAGACUUGAAAAAGGAAGAAAAAAAGACCUCAUAAUUCUUGUAAAACGUGCUAGCCAAAAGAAAUUGUACUUACUUUUUACAGAUUUUGUUUGUUUAUGCCACCUGUUUUGUUUGUAACUUGUAUACUUAAAAAGGAAAGUAUCAGUAGUUUUAUAUUUUGAUUUCCAAGGUUAGUCUGAUGACUAUUACAUACUAGAAAAUUAUAUUAGCAUAAGUGUAGGUUUUAUAAUGCAUGAGUGAAUUAGCAAAUAGAAUAUAGCAGUGGCUCUCUUGGCCAAGCUACCAAUAAAAUCUGGUUCAAAGGUCAAAGUUCUGGUUGUAAUUUUUUGAAAGGACUAGGUCAAGUGGAAACACUGAAGAAUAUAUAUGCUUUAAAUGUUAAUACCUAAAGAAAAAAAUGAAUGAUGUGAUUGUUUGUACAUUUUUUUCAGAUUUAGUUGUUAUCACAGAUCAAUAAAUUUUGAAGAUUUUA